AGUGGCCGCCGCGGCCAUUGUGCGGCGCUGGUCCACUCAAAGGGUGCCAGCUUCGGCCAGCGCUUUGGGGUCUCGUCCUAGCUUCUCGAUCUCCUAUCCGGGGAGCCCGGCGGGUCCGGGACUCCCGUCCGUGCCGGUGCGGGCGCCGGCAUGUGGCUUUGGGAGGAACAGGGGGGCCUCCUGGGCCCUUUCUCCUUCCUGCUACUGCUGCUGCUGCUGGUGACGCGCAGCCCCUUCAAUGCCUGCCUCUUCACCGGCAGCCUCUACGUCCUGCUGCGCCUCUUCAGCUUUGAGCCCGUGGCCUCCCGCAGGGCCCUGCAGGUGCUCAAGCCCCGGGGCCGCGUUUCCGCCAUCGCCCACCGCGGCGGCUGCCACGACGCGCCCGAGAACACACUGGCGGCCAUUCGGCAGGCAGCUAAGAAUGGAGCAACAGGUGUGGAGCUGGACAUUGAGUUUACCUCUGACGGGGUUCCUGUCUUAAUGCACGACAACACAGUAGAUAGGACGACUGAUGGCACUGGCCGAUUGUGUGAUUUGACAUUUGAACAAAUUAGGAAGCUUAAUCCUGCAGCAAAUCACAGAUUAAGGAAUGAUUUCCCUGAUGAAAAAAUCCCUACCCUGAGAGAAGCCGUUGCAGAGAGCCUAAACCAUAACCUCACAGUGUUCUUUGAUGUCAAGGGCCAUGCAAAUAUGGCUACUGAUGCUCUAAAGAAAAUAUAUAUGGAGUUUCCUCAACUAUACAAUAAUAGUAUGGUCUGCUCUUUCUUGCCAGAAGUUAUCUAUAAGAUGAGGCAAAUAGAUCAGGAUGUAGUAACAGCUUUAAUUCACAGACCUUGGAGCCUUAGCCAUACAGGAGAUGGGAAACCACGCUUUGACACUUCCUGGAAACAGUCCGUGUUUGUGGUAAUGGACAUUCUGCUUGAUUGGAGCAUGCAUAAUAUCUUGUGGUACCUGUGUGGAGUUUCGGCUUUCCUCAUACAGAAGGAUUUUGUAUCCCCGGACUACUUGAAGAAGUGGUCAGCUAAAGGCAUUCACGUUAUUGCUUGGACAGUUAAUACUUUUGAUGAAAAAAGUUACUACGAAUCUCAUCUUCGUUCUGGUUAUAUCACCGACAGCAUGUUGGAAGACUGCGCAUCUCAGUUCUAGACUUUUCCCCCAGGGAGGAAACAUGGCUAUGGAAACUGCCUGCUGACCUCACACAGGAAUAUCAAAAUACUCUUUGUGCCAGCCCAAGCCCUUGGGGGGACCAGGUGGCUCACACAAGCAAUAGUCGGUAACUGGGUUUUUACCUGAAUCAAAGCAAAGCCCAGUGUUGCCACCGUGCUCCAUGGAAUGCUUGAGUUCAACACUGAUGCUCUUGAAAGUCUGGGUCUGCAAAAAGGCACAACAGCUCCCGUCCCAACCUAGCUGAGGCACACACUGAGACCCAGCGAGGAUAAGCACAGAUUGAGUUGUGCAGUUUUGGGGGUGCAGAUGCAAAUGCAUGGGAAAUGCAUGAUCACUCCGAGUUGACAUUUUAAAACUUGACACACUUACGUAAUUUACUUAUUUAAAUAUUUGUAUUCGGCUAUGUUAUCAAUGUACUGUAGACAUCAAACUUGUGACCAUACUAAUAAAAUCAUUAAAAGGAGCACUAAGGGA